AUGGAUAAAAAAUGGAUGUUUGCGGACCGAUUUUCAGAGGAAUAUGAAAAUGGAGUAGAAGAGUUUGUUAAGUUUGCUGUUAAACAUGCCACUGACCGCGAUCGAAUCAUUUGUCCUUGCUUGGAUUGUUGUUAUGGAGGAAGGGGUAAUGGGGAUGUGUUGCAAAAUCAUUUACUGGCGAACGGAAUUGAUCGAAGCUACACAUGUUGGAAAAUGCAUGGUGAAAUGAGUAACAACAACGUAGAUUUUCAAAAUAAUGAGACAUCUGAAUCAAAUGAAUUUGACACAAAUACAUUUGACUAUGAUCGAGUUGACGAAAUGGUAGAUGUAGUUGAAGAAGAUCUUCGGGAUUGUCCUAAAAUGUUUGAGAGAUUGGUUAGUGAUUCAGAGAAACCGUUAUAUGAUGGUUGCAUCAAAUUCACAAGAAUGUCUGCAGUAUUGAAGUUGUACAAUUUAAAAGCGAGAAAUGGAUGGUCUGAUAAAAGCUUCACAGACUUGUUAACCCUUAUGAAAGAUAUGCUGCCACAGGAUAAUGUUCUUCCCGAUAGAAACUAUGAAGCCAAAAAAAUGUUGUGCUCGAUUGGCAUGAGUUAUGAAAGGAUUCACGCUUGUCCUAACGAUUGCAUUUUGUUUCGAAAUGAAUAUGCAUCAUUAAAUGAGUGUCCUAAAUGUAAUGUCUCUCGAUAUAAGAAACAAUUUAUUCCAGCUAAAGUCGUAUGGUAUCUUCCUAUAAUACCGAGAUUCAGGCGCAUGUUUAGUAGUGAAGUUGAUGCAAAACAUUUGACAUGGCACAAAUAUGAUAGAAUUAGAGAUGGGAAGUUUCGACACCCUGCAGAUUCGCCACAGUGGGCUAAAAUUGAUCAUGAUUAUCCUGAUUUUGGAAAAGAAGCAAGAAAUCUACGUUUGGCACUGUCUACUGAUGGAAUGAACCCACAUGGUUUUCAAAGUAUCCCAAACACCGUAUGGCCUGUGAUUUUGGUGAUUUAUAACUUGCCUCCAUGGCUAUGUAUGAAGCGUAAGUUCAUGAUGUUGUCUAUGUUAAUUUCUGGGCCUAAUCAACCAGGGAAUGAUAUAGACGUGUACUUGGCACCUUUAAUUGAUGAUUUGAAGUAUUUGUGGGAGACAGGAGUGGAGGUUUAUGAUAGAUAUAAGAAAGAAAACUUCAAUUUGAGGGCGAUGUUGUUUGGCACCAUUAAUGAUUUCCCAGCAUAUGGCAAUCUAUCAGGAUAUAGUGUUAAAGGUAAGAAAGCGUGUCCUAUUUGUGAAGAGAAGACUGAUACGCUGCGGUUGCAUAAUUGUCAGAAGAAUAUCUUUCUCGGUCAUCGUAGAUUCUUGCAUUCUAAUCAUCGCUACCGUGGGUGGAGAAAAGCAUUCAAUGGAAAACCAGAAAAAGGUGUAGCUCCAGUUGCAUUGACGGGUGAUCAACUAUUUGAAAAGGUGAAGGAUAUGAGCAAUAAAUUUGGCAAACCUUUUGCAAAAGAUCUUGUUAAAAGCGGGUGGAAGAAGAAGUCAAUUUUCUUUGAACUCCCAUAUUGGAAGUCAUUGUAUGUAAGACAUUUCCUUGAUGCGAUGCAUAUUGAAAAAAACGUAUUUGAUUGCAUUAUUGGUACGCUACUAAAUGUACUUGGAAAGUCGAAGGAUAGCAUUAAUGCGAGGUUGGACUUAGUCGAUAUGGGAAUUAGAACUGAAUUGGCACCCGUGGAAGAUGGAAAGCGCACAUUAUUGCUGUAA